AUGUCUAUCGUCUACAAUAAGACUCCUUUGCUUCGCCAAUUCUUCCCUGCUGUUUCUACGAAACCAUCUACUUCCAUCCCACAAUUCUUCUUAAAAUACGAAUGCCUUCAACCAAGUGGAAGUUUCAAAAGUAGGGGUAUUGGUAAUUUAAUAAUGAAGAAUGCCAUCAGAAUUAAAAAAUCAGGUAAUAAAUCACCACAGGUAUUCUCCAGUUCAGGUGGGAAUGCUGGGUUUGCCGCUGCUACAGCAAGUCAACGAUUAUCCUUACCAUGUACAGUUGUAGUCCCCACUGCAACUAAACAAAGAAUGGUAGAGAAAAUUAGAGCUACGGGCGCUAACGUCAUUAUCAAUGGUGCUCACUGGAAAGAAGCUGAUACGUAUUUGAAAAGCUCAGUGAUGAAUUCCAUUGAUUUAAAUACUACUGAACCAAUAUACGUUCAUCCAUUUGAUAACCCAGAUAUUUGGGAAGGCCAUUCAACUAUGGUGGAUGAAAUUGUUGAUACUUUAAAUGAACAAAAUAUUGCUCUAAAUAAGAUUAAAGGUAUUGUUUGUAGCGUUGGUGGUGGUGGUCUCUAUAAUGGGAUCAUCCAAGGGUUAGAAAAACAUAAGUUAGCUGAUAAGAUUCCAAUCGUUGGUGUGGAAACAAAAGGUUGUCAUGUAUUUAAUACUUCUUUGAAAUUAGGUAAACAAAUUGAAUUCUCCAAAAUAACAAGUAUUGCAACUUCUUUAGGUACUGCCAGCAUUUCCAGUCAAACUUUUGAAUAUGCUAAGAAAUAUCAUACACGUUCUGUUGUCGUAGAAGAUACUGAUGUUAUUGAAACUUGUCUCAAAUAUACCCAAGAUUUCAAUAUGGUUGCAGAACCUGCUUGUGGUGCCUCACUCCAUUUAGCAUAUAAUACCAACAUCUUGGAAAACGCAUUGGGUCAUAAAUUAUCUUCUGAUGACAUUAUCCUAGUUAUUGCAUGUGGUGGUUCUUCCAAUACAGUACAGGAUCUAGAGGAAACUUUAGUACGCCUAAGGGAAAAGGCUAAACAUGAAAGGAUUACUCCGCCAACUUUCAUCAAUGAUCCAAUUCAACCUGUACCAAUUUUGGGCAGAGCUUAA